GCACUCCGAAAGCAGAUGACCGUGGGAGAAGUCUCACUACGUGGUACGGACUUGAAUUAAAUCUUAUCAUCUCCCCCUUUUUAUUGUAACGGGAGAUCAUCAAGUUACAGUAGUUGCUUAGAAUAGUCGGUCACGGCAGACCCAAACUCAUCCUCUCUCACACUCACAACACAAUGGAAGGUGGGCUUCCCUUGCUCAACUGCCUCUUACAGCAAACAUUGAGAAGUCUCUGUUCAUAUUCAGACCCUUCCAAUUCUUCUUCUUCUUCUUCUUCUUCAAAGUGGGUAUAUGCAGUGUUUUGGAGGAUCGUGCCUCGGAACUAUCCCCCUCCAAAAUGGGAUUAUGGAGGAAGUGCUCUUGAUCGCUCCAAAGGAAACAAAAGGAAUUGGAUUCUUGUAUGGGAAGAUGGGUUCUGCGAUUUCCAUGAAUGCGAGCGAGAAGGGAGCGGGUCUGUGAAGGGGAGGUUUGGUGCUGAUAUCUUCUUUAAAAUGUCUCACGAGGUCUACAGCUACGGAGAAGGAUUAGUGGGAAAAGUUGCUGCAGACAACAGUCACAAAUGGGUAUUUAGGGAAAAGCAACCUGAGAGCGAUCCCAACUGCGUGUCCUCUUGGACUGGAUCGACCGACCCUCAACCUAGACAAUGGGAGUUGCAGUUCAAUUCAGGUAUUCAGACUAUAGCAGUCAUUUCAGUAAGAGAAGGCAUCAUUCAACUUGGUUCGCUAGAUAAGAUUCCGGAAGAUCUCAACUUGGUGAUCAGCGUUCAGAGGAAAUUCAGCUAUCUGCAGAGUAUACCCGGUGUCUUGGCGAUGCAGAGACCCUAUCCACCCAUCCAACAUUCAAACACCAUAACACACAACAGCUAUGUGAUGGACAACAACGAGAGCGCCGAGGACCAGAGGAACGUAUCAAGCGGGAAGAGAUGCCUUGGUGAGAGGCUUGAGGAAUUGCCGAUCAAAUCCGUCAAUUUGGGCUGGAACAGCCCACAGACGGGCAUUGGAAAUGGAGCACGGCCCUUUUGGCAAAUCCCUCCUCUCUUGCCCCCAAUGUCUUGGAGUCUGGGAGCUCUUUUAUCUAAACUACCGUCUGUGUUCCCCUUGCAUAACACCGUCGAAUCCUCUGCAACAGCCAUUGACACCAACAUUAGCUCUACAGCAGGUUAUCAAAAAACAAAGAUGAAUGCAGGUAAGUCAUGCCAAAUCUCUGAUAUAAAACUAGAGCCCGGCUUUGAAGAAGAAAAGCCCAAAAUACUAAACCAGAAUUCGAGCUUGAAAUAUCAAACCCAAACAGUGGUUGCAGUUGAGAAGCCAGAGGCAAGGGGAAGGUGAGUUAAACUCGAUUAAUUAGUAACGGGGAAGCUUCAUUAAAUAAGGGAAAGAAAGGAUUUGGUGUAAUAUUUGGCGUUUUGUCGAAUUGGCUUAAGUGGAUAAAUGUGCUUUUGGUGUUCAAAAUGAAAUGUUAUUAAAUAAUAUAAUCGUGGAUACAUAGAUAUGUUUUGUCUU